CGUCCGAUUCGGGGGUGGGGGUGCUGGGUGUGGGGCGGCUCCGGGGCCGGGGAUGGCGGCGGCCGCGGUUGCGGCGGCUCCGGGACAAGCGGGAGGAGCCCGAAGAACACCGUGAGAUGGGCCGGCUCCCACGCCAGCCGGAAGGAUAUUGCUUCUUACUGCAGCUGCUCAGAAGCACCCCUGAAAGCUCAGAUCCAAAGAACUGGAGCCUGAUUGGAAGAAAUAGGUGACAAAGUUCAUAUGCAUUGAAGUGUUCAGACCAAAAAGAUACUUUAUGACAAUGGACAAAAGCAUGUAUGAAAGGUGACAACAAGAGAAAGGGGAGAACUUUCUUACUAAUUAUACAGACCUAAGAUAGUAACAAACAGGCAUGUUUGGAGGAAUGGAAUCAAAAUUUUAGGAAGUGGUGCCUAAAGCAGACCUACUGUGGAAAAGGAACCAUUGACAAAGCAAAAGGAAAAAAGGGAAUGAGUGAAGAAGGCAAAUUGAAGGUGGUCAAUGAGAAGAAAAGAAGUCUACGUGAGAUGUGGGCGCCCCAGCCAGCAGCAGAGAGGGUUCAGGGGAGCCACAGAGAAGCCCCUUCUGAUGCCCCAAGGAGCAAGCCAACCCCUUCCAGGCUCCAGGAACACCACAGAGCAAUAUGAAACCUGUUCAUGAGAGGAGUCAGGAAUGCCUUCCACCAAAGAAACGAGACCUCCCCGUGACCAGCGAGGAUAUGGGGAGAACUACCAGCUGCUCAACUAACCACACACCCUCCAGUGAUGUCUCUGAAUGGUCCCGAGGGCUUGUGGUGGCAGGACAGAGCCAGGCAGGAGCCAGAGUCAGCCUGGGGGGUGAUGGAGCCGAGGCCAUCACUGGUCUGACGGUGGACCAGUAUGGCAUGCUGUAUAAGGUGGCUGUGCCGCCUGCCACCUUCUCCCCGACUGGCCUCCCAUCUGUGGUGAACAUGAGCCCCUUGCCCCCCACAUUUAACGUAGCAUCUUCAUUGAUUCAACAUCCAGGAAUCCACUAUCCUCCAAUCCACUAUGCUCAGCUCCCAUCCACCUCCCUGCAGUUUAUUGGGUCUCCUUAUAGCCUUCCUUAUGCUGUGCCACCUAACUUCCUACCGAGUCCCCUCCUUUCCCCUUCUGCCAACCUUGCCACUUCCCAUCUUCCACACUUUGUGCCAUAUGCCUCGCUCCUGGCAGAAGGAGCCACUCCUCCUCCCCAGGCUUCGUCCCCGGCCCACUCAUUCAACAAAACCCCCUCUGCCACCUCCCCACCUGGGCAGUUGCCACAUCAUUCCAGUACUCAGCCGCUGGACCUUGCUCCAGGCCGGAUGCCCAUUUAUUAUCAGAUGUCCAGGCUACCUGCUGGGUACACCUUGCAUGAAACCCCUCCAACUUGUGCCAGCCCAGUUCUUACCCCUCAGGAGGGCCAGCCUGCUCUGGAAGCAGCCCCUGCCAAUGGACAGAGACAACAAGAGCGAAAUUUAGUAAGACGGGAAAGUGAAGCCCUUGACUCUCCCAACAGCAAGGGCAAUGGCCAGGGACUGGUGCCCAUGGUCGAAUGUGUGGUGGAUGGACAAUUGUUUUCAGGUUCUCAGACUGCACGGGUGGAGGUGGCGGUGCCGGCACACCGAGGGACCCCAGACACCGACCUCGAGGUCCAGCAGGUGGUUGGCACUUUAGCUUCUCAGGACUAUCGUGUGGUGGCAGCUCAGAGGAAAGAUGAGCCCAGCCCCCUCAACCUGUCCCAUCAUCCCCCUGACCAUCAGGGCGAGGGGCGAGGGUCAGCCCGGAACCCAGCAGAGAUGGCCGAGAAAAACCAGGCCCGAGGGUUCUACCCUCAAUCCCAUCAGGAACCAGUGAAACAUAGACCUUUACCCAAAGCAAUGGUUGUAGCCAAUGGCAACCUGGUGCCCACUGGAACUGACCCAGGCCUGCUGCCCAUGGGCUCGGAGAUCCUGCUAGCGUCAAGUGUGGACACGCAGGCCAGAGCCAUCUUCCCAGACAAGGAGCCAACGCCACCCCCCAUUACCUCCUCCCACUUGCCCUCCCAUUUCAUGAAAGGCGCCAUCAUCCAGCUGGCUACGGGGGAGCUGAAGCGGGUGGAGGACCUGCAGACCCAGGACUUUGUGCGCAGUGCCGAAGUGAGCGGGGGGCUGAAGAUUGACUCUAGCACAGUCGUGGACAUUCAGGAGAGCCAGUGGCCUGGAUUUGUCAUGCUGCAUUUCGUGGUUGGUGAGCAGCAGAGCAAAGUGAGCAUCGAGGUGCCCCCCGAGCACCCCUUUUUUGUAUAUGGUCAGGGUUGGUCCUCUUGCAGCCCUGGGCGGACUGCACAGCUCUUCUCUUUGCCCUGCCAUCGACUACAGGUGGGAGAUGUCUGCAUCUCUAUCAGUUUACAGAGCUUGAACAGUAACUCGGUUUCUCAGGCCAGCUGUGCCCCCCCCGGCCAGUUGGGCACCUCCCGUGAAAGGCCUGAGAGGACAGUCUUGGGACCCAGAGAGCAAUGUGACAGUGAGGGGAAGAGCCAGCCGUCAGGUGAGGGCUCCCAAAUGGUAGAGCCCUCGCAGCCAGAGCCUGGUGCUCAGGCCUGCUGGCCAGCUCCAAGCUUCCAAAGAUACAGCAUGCAAGGGGAGGAGGCACGGGCUGCGCUGCUCCGUCCCUCUUUCAUUCCGCAGGAGGUAAAGCUGUCCAUCGAAGGGCGUUCCAAUGCAGGAAAAUGAACCUCUCUCCCAAACCCGACGGGGGCUUUACUCCAGAGCUGGGCCCCACCGUGAGCAGGCAGAGGAUUUGCACAUGCCGAGCAAGGAAUGGCUCUCUUGGCAGUGAGAUCUGAGGGGGGUGGGGGGGAAGAGGAGGCAUGAAGGCAGCCUCCCAAGGCAGGGUCUGUUGCUCAUUACCCUGUGGCAUUCUUUCAGGACAGCCCCAGAGGAUGCUGUGAUGGGGAGCAGCAGGCCUGGGCCAAGGAAGGAAGGGGGUACAUGCAGGAUAAGAGACAUUCCAAAUAUCAGGGCCUCCCUGUUCUUUCCUCCCCAUCCCUAGCUCCUGCAAGGGGAAAGUCAGGCUUCGGGAGCAGGUGGCAGAGGGAGGGAGCAAAGAAAGAGCCAAAAAAGAUGAUACACAGCUUAUAGUAGCGGUUCAACUGUCUGAAGUUUUUUUUUUUUCUUUCUUUUUUGUGGUGGAAGGGCAGGAGCCCCAUGGUUGGAAUAAGAGGGUUCCCACCCAGAACUCUUCUUUUGAGAGCUGUGCACUUUAAAGGGUAAUUUUGUUACACAGAUGUCUGUGGCUGGUUUGUGGGGGAGGAGCAUUCAUCUACAGGACUCUGGUUGAUCCUGCUUCAGCCCUUUUCCAUUUCUCACCAUUCGUCCCACAAGCUUCUAGCACCGGGAGAGAAGCCCCUCCAGGGUUCAGAGUGAAGAACUGUUUUGGUGGGGACCGUCAGGGGACUUUGGGAGAAAGACCUUAUGGCCAGGCUGACCAGGCUCUGUGCGUGGCUUCUGGAAAGGAAGCUGACAUAACAAAGCUGCUCCUGCCCAGCAUGCCAGACCUGCUUCGAAAUUAUGCUGAAUCUAUAGUUGGUAAUGGUGACUUUUGAAAGAACCAGUGGACCCUUUCCCCAGGCCCUGCAUUCCUCUGUCUGUCUGUGUUGUGCCUAAGUGCCUGCGUGGCUCCUGUCCUGUUGCCCUAACCCCCUGCAUGGUUUUUUGACCUGGGCCUAAUUUGUAGCUGCUCUGUCUUUCCCCUUCUGCAAAAUUGGUUUUGUCCACUCUGACCAAGACCUCUAGUUUUUGGUGUGCUGGGGUCUUUCUGGUUUCCCUUUCAGUUACAGUCUCUGUUUCUAUAAACUCAGAAAGAAUCAUGUCCCCUCCUCUGCAGCUGAACAGUUUUGUGGAGAAACAAGAAGGGAAAUGUGCCCUGGGUCAGGGCAGACACACCUGGCUGGGGGGUGCCCAUCCUGGUGUUUGUAUACAGCUCCUCCCAUCUUAAUUCCCCUUCCUCUCCCAGCUGUCCCCUUCCACAGCCAGCUCUAAGGUUCUGGGAUAGUCUUGAUAACAUUUCAAUACCUUAAGUUGCCUAGAUUUUGUGGUGGAGUAUUCCUCUGCAAAGAGUAUUUUCAAUCUUAGUUGCAUUUGCUUCCCUAUGUCUUAAGCCCACAUUUUUUCCCCCCACAACUUUUAGCAUCAGCUCAGACUGUGGUAUUCUACUGGGUAUUGAGAAUUAGGCUCCCCCACCAGCUUUCAGGUGGGUGGGUGGGUUUUUUGUUUGUUUCUCAGGAGUCUUUAGACUCUUGAAGUAACUCAGGGUAUUGUCCACCCAACUCUGGUGAGGCUUCUCCCAGGGCAUGAUCCUGGCAUUUCCUUUAGAAAUGUGCUUGGACUGGCCAGCGCCUGGCCUGUCAUCAGGAGGCUCAAUCCUCUGAGGUUGAUCUCUGCUCUGUCAAAGACUUUAGGCAAGUCUUGUGACCUCUCACUCUCACUUCCUCCCCAGCUGCCAAAUGGGGAUAAAUAAUCUUACCUACCUCCUGGGGGGAGGGGGAGUCCUGAGAAUGGAGUCAUUCUUAGUGUUCAGGUGCUAAAGGUUGUUCUCCUAGGGAACAAAGUGGCUGAAACUGGCUUGUUUGUUACAAGUCCUACACUCCACUGUUUCAUUCCUUGAGAGCAGUUACCUGGCCAGCCAGCUUUUGGAGCCUCAUCCAAAGGAAGCUGCUGACCUGACUGCAAGUACUUAAGUCUUUGGUUCACCUCAGAACCAAACACCAACCCUGUCUGGUGAAUGAACACAGCCUUGUACUCAUUGGGGAUCUUGCCCUGUCUCCCAUUCUCUCUGAAUGCUGCUUGCUUUGGUUUCUUUCCCGCGGCGGGGGCCUGUGGAGCUGCGUUCUGAGGAAUCCUCACAGAUACGAUGGCCCUUAGAGAAGGCCUCCUCUCUGGCUGUUUUAUGAGCAACUCAUUCCUAGGGGUUAUUAUUUGCAUGGGUUUCUCAAAAACAUCCUUAUAGGAAGGCUCAUCAACUGAAUAUAGGGACAUGCACACAGUAGACACUCAAGAAGUGUCCACCAGGGACACGAACUGAGCUUCCUCCUUGUGGGAGCAAAUCUAUAUCUAACCAGAUACAGUUCAACUAGUUUAAAUCAAAUAACCCUCUAUGACCCAGUCUGGUCACUUCCACUUAAUCUUGGAAAGAGAAAGUCUUGUGCACCUUGGCAAGUCGGGUCCCAACCUGCCUGCUGCUGUUUCUCUUCUGCCUCUUGCUGGGAAAGCAAUGCCAGCAGCUCCCCUGAUACUGUGCCAUGCAUAUGUAAUAUAUUAAUACUUGAUUUUGCUGAGCUGCAGAAGUGUCUUUUGUAAAGUAUGGUCUCCCAGAAAAAGAAGCCGUGUGCUCUAAAUCAUCAUCAGAGCUGUGGCAUUCCCCUUGCCUUUUCCCUCUGGUUCAGUCUUUCUUCCAGGAAUGAAAAGUAAGAGUGACCUGUGGUGCAUUCUUCCUUAGAGGAAUUUCAUAAGUUUGCAAGAGACCUAAGAGUGGUUUUGAGAGAGUGAGCAUUUUAGUCGGAAGCUGUCAGCUUUUAGGGGAAUGGGCAAUUGAAGGAGGCCAGAACCAGUCCCUUGUCAGUGGUUGGCCAUUCCCAGAGCUUAGGGAUAGAAAGGAGGACUCCCAAUGUUAGCACUAAACAGAAAUAACAAUACCACUUUGAGAGUAGGGGAAGCAGGUAAAGGGUGGGUAAUACAUCCAUGUCUUGGGUCAUUGUUCCUAUCAAGGGUAGUGUGCAUGGGGGUGGGGAGGGUGGCAGCCUAGGGAAGCGGGGCUUGGAAGUUCAGAGCUGAGCACUCAUACCUAUGGGGAGGGGCCCCAGUGGAUCUGGACUGACCCUUCUACACUCUUGGUCCCAGUUGGUCAGAACACCAGGGCUUUGGUUUGUGCUGCUUUGCCACUGCUGCUGUCUGCUCACUGUCCUGCCUGCUGCCCUUUAUAGCUCCCUGUCCUUCCCUGUCUCUGGCCAUGUAGAUGAAAUCCAGGCAUCCUUUUCAUUCUCACCUGUGCAAGUGUUACUUUAUAGCAAAGUCAAGGGAAAUAGGAAUUGUAUGAGUUGCUGCUGGUGGGCGGGUGAAUCCAAAGGGAUAUGGUUUUAGUGCUUGUUGGGAGCCCUUGAGCUCCAGAUACCUGAGUGUCUUGAGGGAGAAACAAGCCGGUCCUACUAGUGGGUGUUUUGUGUGUAUUAAUGUCUUUCCUUUGUGGUAUCUUGUAUCCGUGUUUUUAAAAAUAAAUGACAGGGAACCAGGUUAGGGUAGUGUCAGCAUCCCAGGGAAGUUCAUCUGGCUCCAGUUAUGUGGAUUCUGGUCUGGGGUUGGGAAAGGGUUUGAAGUUUGACUGAAAUAGCCCCUCAGUGGGGUUUAGUUUUAUUUUUACCAGUGGGCAUCAUAGGAGAUGCACAGGUUGGUGGUAUUAUUUAAACUUGCAACAGGCAGGCAUAUUGAAGGGUUGAGUGAUCACACUGGAGAUGAAGUGUGGACAUGUGUUGACUGGGGAAGGGCCUGGGUCCAUUGAAGUAGAGAUAACCUGAUUAAUUGGCCAUGGGAGAUUAGGUCACAGUCUUAAAAGCAAAGUAAAUAGGGCAGAGGCCAAGUUUUAGGGAGACUUCUUGGCUUCCUAGAGCUAAGUUUACUAAACCACACUGAAGCUACAAUACUUUCCAGAUGGGAAAAAGUGUACACUACAGUUGAAGAGCUGAACUGUGCUGAGUUGGAUGUUGACCAGAAACCUAUUAGUCCUUUGCUGGGAAGCCUUCACUCUCCAAGCUUUCCUGGAGUAGAGAAGGCCUCCUAUAUUAUGCAAUAAUAAAAUAAGCAUGUGGGUCCUUGCAGCUGUCAGUUGCUCUUUCAACUCUAGGAUCAUUCUUUGGACCAGGAAGCCUUCUGGUCUGGGCCGAGGAUGACAUGGGCCCUUGAGAUGCUAGAGUUGACUGCGCUCUCUCCUCACCUGCAGACUAUGCACAGUGCCUGGGGCAGACGGAGGAAAGGGGGUGUGGUGAGCCCUGCUGAACCUCCCCAGCAGGAACAGUAGUAAUAAAUGCACUUUUCACACUAAGUUUUCUUUAUUAUUUCUGUUAAGCCUAGAUUCUCCCUCGGUAGAUUGCAAACUCAAAAGUCUGUGUGGUCCCAUUCUAACUGCAAAUGCACAGCAGUGAAGGUGGUCCCAAAUUGGGUUCCUGUCUGCAGUGUGUGUGUGGCAGCAGCCCACGUGCCUUUACCUAUUGUCAAACUUGCAAGCGUUUAUUUCUGUCUUUACGACUGUCAUGGGGACUGAGGUUCAUCAGAGAGAGCGUGAGCCGAUGAUGCAGUGGUUUUACACCCGCUCCCUGGACAGGGAGUUUGCACGUAGUUGUGAGAUGUGAGUGGUCAGUGCAUUGCUGGUAUUGCUGAAGGCAGGGUUCAUCUCUCAUUGGCUUGAUGCUCACAUUUGAGUCUUGUGUUGGGGGAGAGACUGACUGUUUUUGUGACAAACUUGAAGUAUUAAAAAUAAGGCUGUCCCCUACAAGCUCCUUAGUCACACAUAGGAUCCCUGUAGCCAAAACAGUCUAUGUUCCAGCUGCAGAGAGCAGACCGCUCUCAGCUUGCACAGCACCUUAGGGGAGGGAAACAUGGGUAGGGAAUGGGGUGGAGAAAGAAGGAUGGGAAUGUCAUCCAGUUGGUUUUAGGGUCCCGAGGAAUCGAGAAGGUUGGCACUGGGGAGGUCUGGAUGGAUCUGAUUGGUGUAGGAGUUCCCUGUAGAUAAAUUACUGACCCCCAACUACCAUCCCAAGUAUGUAAUGGCUGAAUUAAUAUGUAAUCAACUGCAUUGUAUCUAAAGCCUUAGAACUAGUCAGGUGCUCCCCCGACCCACACCAUUUCUUACCCUCUAAUCCUACCUGAUCUUUAACAAAGCAUUAAUAAUUCUAAGGAUAAUCUCUAUUUUGUUGUGCUUUUUUGUAACUGUUUUAAAUAAAUCAAUUUGUACUGUAUAUUUGUAUUUUUGUGAGAUCCUUUUUGCUGUUUUACCAUUUUAAGUCUCUGUACUUGGCUACACACAGAUUGUAUUUUUAUUGUUAAUGCUCUUCUUAUGGAUACCUGCAUUUAACUUGUGGACUAUGUAAACAA